UAUAUAAACCCUUAGAAAAGUUACUUAUAUAAUAAGCUAUUACUACUUUAUAAAGCAUUUAACCCCUUCUCUGUCUCAUAUCUUCUUCGGGUUUUGGGACAAUGGAGGCGAACUUGACAGAGCCGCCCACAAGAACAUACAUCAAAGGCAAUCAGAAUCGUUUGCACCACCACCACCAUUACGACAUUCUCUCAGGAUCCACCAUUCUACUAGUAGCGGUUCCCAUUGUGAUCAUCAUCUUACUAAUUGCAAUUAUGUUGAUUGUAGCAUUGCUCCGUCGUGUAAACUCCCGAAAACAGAAUGGGAAAACCGAUGAUGGCAACAAAGAUUGCAUGUUCGUUGCUCAUAGCAUCAUCACAUUCAAUGGUACCAAAGAUAUGAAGAAGGGAUGUGUAUAUGGAGGAAACCAAUGCAACUUGUCAUCUGCAACAUAUAAAGGGGUACAAGUAUUCACAUACAAGGAGUUGGAAUUGGCUACGGAUGGCUUCACCGAAACUAAUCUUGUGGGUUCAGGAGGGUUCGGUAUGGUUUACCGUGGUGUUCUGCGUGAUGGCACCCUUUCCGCUGUUAAAAUGCUUCACAGGGAAGGCAAACAAGGCGAACGUGCUUUUCGCUCAGAGGUGGAUUUACUAAGUCGUUUGCAAUGUCCAUACUUGGUGGAUUUACUUGGAUACUGUGCUGAUAAUCAACACAGGCUGCUUGUAUUCGAAUACAUGCCCAAUGGUACUCUUCACGACCACCUUCACCUUUCUGAUAAUCGAUCUCCCCUGUUGAAUUGGGCUAUCCGAUUGAGAAUUGCCCUUGAUUGUGCAAGAGCCCUUGAGUUCCUCCAUGAGCACACUGCCCCAUCUGUAAUACACCGUGAUUUCAAGUCUACCAACAUCCUAUUGGAUGAAAACUUCCGAGGAAAGGUGUCUGAUUUUGGUUUGGCCAAGAUCGGGUCAGACAAACUCAAUGGCCUGAUCUCGACCCGUGUUUUGGGAACCACCGGUUAUUUGGCACCCGAGUAUGCUUCAACUGGAAAACUCACAACAAAAUCAGAUGUUUAUAGCUAUGGCGUCGUUUUGCUAGAGCUUUUAACGGGUCGUGUACCUAUUGACACCAAGCGUCCACCCGGUGAGCAUGUCCUUGUCUCAUGGGCUCUUCCAAGGUUAACAAAUAGAGCUGCAGUUGUGGAGAUGGUCGACCCGAGUCUACAUGGCCAAUUUUCAAGAAAGGAUCUAAUUCAGGUUGCAGCUAUUGCAGCCAUGUGUGUACAAACAGAAGCCGAUUAUCGACCUUUAAUGACAGAUGUAGUCCAAUCCUUGAUUCCUAUAGUGCACAACCUAUCUUUUGGGAGUUCAACAAGUUCUUUUAGGUUCAGUAAGAGAGUAAGCCCAAGAGGAUAGGGGUUGCUAGAUGGGGUAACGGCGGAUAACUUUGGUCAAGAUAAAGAUCGCAGGUUCAAAUCUAUUUUCCACUUCACAAGAUGGUAUCCCAAGACAGUUUUUUUGUUUGAAAGGUGUGAAUUACUCGAGAAUCUCAGGAGGUCUAUUGCCUAGGGAAGGGUCCAGUUGGGCCCAAUGUACCACGAAAUUAAGGUCUCUCUGUCUUUCCAAGCGUGAUUUGUAUGGUAGUCGUCCAUAUAUUUGAUUAAAUUCGGUACAAAACUAAAAGGGGGGAAAAGAGCUAAUAACUCAAUUCACUAAUUCAGUUCGACCUAUUGUGAAAUGGGUCGAAAUUGCCACCUCUACUUGCUUAGUCUAGCAACCUACAAUUCUAUAUUUGGUAUCUAUUUUCUAUUAAUAAGUUAGUUCUUGUCUUCAAA